UGCAGAGAAUGAUAUGAGACAUUUGUUGGUUUAAGUUUUUACUACUACUUUAAAUUCAUUCAUACGUGUUACAUUUUUAGUUCCUUAUUUCAGCGGUGGAUUCCAAUAAUCUGAGUUACAUGUCAGACUCAACAUGUCUUGACAGACCUGGUUUAGACCUGUUUUACUACAUGUUAAAACCUGACUUAGCCGCAGUUCUGACAUGUAUUAUUUAAAGCUUCAUAUUACAUAACUUACAGUAUUUCCUUGUUUUUUCUUACACUACAUGGUCUGUAACUGAGCUUUCUUUGUUAUAAUCAAAACCUCUGUGUUGUUUUAGCCGCUUGUGCCUGUUUUACUUUCAUUACAGUGUGUGGGCUACAGUGGAGACCUCUUCAGGAAAUUUAGGUGACGACGAGGGGAAGUUCCAUCGGUAUCACGUGGGCGGAGUUUAAAGAGAGGCUGAAGAACGCCGCCUUGUCUAAAGGCUCACAGAUUACAGAGAGACAGCACGCGCAGGAGACAAGGCAGGAUCUGUGUCAGAACUGCAGUUGUUUUGAAAUCUCGGGCUGUGAAGAGGUUAAAAUGAAGUUGUUGGAGCUCGAUAACUCCAUGAGCCGCUUCCGAUUCGCCCAGGCGUGUGUGGGGCUGGCGGGCUGCCUGUGCGUCUCCUAUGCCAUUUGGACCCCGUUCUGGCUGGACGACCAGGGACUGUGGACAGAGGAAGGGAACGGCACCAAACCUGAGCUGAUGAGUAGCGGAGAUGGCACCGUGUUCGAUGCCUUAGAAGCAGAGAGGGUCUUCGCUGUGCUGUCCUUCCUGAUGGCUGUGUGCACUUCAGCCCUAUGCCUGGUGUUCGCCCUCUGCUGGACAUCACAGACAGUGCGCUCUUACUCCAACACUCGCUCUCUGCUGAUGGCAGGCCAGGCUCUGUACCCGACCACUCUGCUGCUGCUCACCAUGAUCUGCACAGGUUUCUUCUUCCUUUUCUCCUGGUCAUUGUUCACCUUCCACCAUCGAGACGAGAUCCGUGAGAACUUCUCUGCCCUGGGCUCUUCGUACUGGAUCGGGGCCCUGGGCUGGUUCCUGCUCAUGGUGGUGGAGACUGUGGUGUUUUUGGCUGAGCAGGUAGUGGUGCCGGAUAUUAUUCCUGAUCUGGAGAAAUCCGUGGAGCUGUGGCGAGCUGCGUCUCAGUUCAAAUCAGCCCCGCGUUCCUUCAGUGACAGUUAUUUCCCCAGCGCCAAGAGCAGCCUCAUCCCAAAGAGGUACAUGUCAGAUCCCUGAACGGACUCGAGUAAACAGUCUGUGUGCUGAUAAAAGUGAAGAAGUCUCCUCCACUGGAAGAAGCAGGUCGUUCUUAUCGCGGUGAGGAGCAGACUGAAGAAUGGACUCAAGAUUGGUCACAUGGGUUCUGUUGAGAGGAAACAGGCUCUACAGUGACUGGGAUUAUGAGACUGACAGCUUGUCUGAGGUCUCUGUGCAGGGGAGUUGACGCCGUGGGGGGCAAAGGGGUCUGUUAUACAGGCCCAGAAUUGGAACCUCUGACUAUUAAUUAAUGCUUCUUCGUGAUGCUUCUUGUUCCAGGCCCCCAAAUGUCUAUGGAUGAACCUGUCUUCAAGUAACACUAAUUUUUCUGGGCCUUUCUUACUGCAGGCAAAGCAGAUGGUUGUCAACAAAAGACUCUUAUAUAUUUGGACAUUUUUAUUUUGUAUUUGUCAGAAGUGAAAAACACAGGAUCACUCUGUCUGGACAGUAACACACAUUGGUGCUUUUGACAUUGACUUGUCUAUUCUACGGCAGAAAGUUGAUCUUACUCUAAUAUUCACAGCUUCUUUAUAAAUAAAAAGCAUUGAUGAAUGUCCCAUGUGUGAAUCUUAACACUGAAACUAUUAUUCUUUUAAUAAAAGGCGAGACAGAGACGCUCUGUUCAUGACACAACUCACA